UGAAAAAAGAAAGAGAACAUGAUGAUGAUGAUGGAACAAGUCUGGACUCAAUUAAGUCCAGCUAUUGCACCAAUGGUGUUCGUCUGAACCAUGUACCAGAACUAUUUCCCUCAUGAAAUUCGUGGUCAUAUUACGAGGUAUACUGAUAAAAUUGUUAGUUGUUUCUACCCUUAUAUGCAAAUUAUUUUUCAUGAGUAUUAAACUGAUGGAUGGUACGAGCGUAGCAAAGCUUAUGUUGCAAUUGAAAGGUACCUUAGCAAAAACUCACCGACCCAAGCUAAGCGUCUCAAAGCCAACGUAGUGAAAGAUGGCCAAUCUGUCGUACUAACUAUGGAUGAUCACGAGGAGGUAACCGAUGAAUAUAAAGGCGAAAAGGUUCGGUGGACUUCUAGCCAACAAGUUGUUCAUAGACCAAGGGAGGAUGAGAAGAGGUAUUUCAAGCUUAAGUUUCACAGGAAGAAUAGGGAACUUAUAACCAAUUCAUACUUGAAGUACGUGUUGGAUGAAGGGAAGGCGAUUUCUGUAAGAGAAAGUCAGAGGAAGUUGUACACAAACGACACGGGAGGUGGUGGGUACAAAAGUAGAAUAUGGAGCCAAGUAGUGUUUGAGCAUCCAUCAACAUUUGAUACUUUAGCAAUGGAUCCAAACAAGAAGCAAGAGAUUAUGGAUGAUCUCGAAACAUUUAGCAAGUCGAAGGAAUAUUAUGCAAAGGUUGGUAAGGCUUGGAAGCACGGUUAUCUUCUAUAUGGUCCUCCUGGAACCGGUAAGUCCAUCAUGAUUGCUGCUAUGGCUAAUUUCUUACAAUGUGAUGUCUAUGAUCUUGAAUUGAUAGCGGUUAAGGACAACACCGAGCUAAGAAAGUUAUUGAUAGACACAACAAGUAAGUCUAUUAUUGUGAUUGAAGACAUCGAUUGUUCCCUUGACCUUACCGGCCAAAGGGAGAAGAAGAAAGAAGAGAAAGAGGAAGUAAAAGACGAGAAAGAUACCAUCAAGGAGGAGGUGAAGAAAUUAGGACCGGAAAAGAAGCAAAGCGAGGUAACUUUAUCUGGUCUAUUGAAUUUUAUUGAUGGGCUAUGGUCAACUAUUGGUGGUGAAAGGCUAAUUGUUUUCACCACAAACUUUGUGGAAAAGCUUGAUCCUGCUCUAAUUCGGAGGGGUAGGAUGGAUAAACACAUUGAGUUACCAUACUGUUGCUUUGAGUCCUUCAAGGUGCUUGCAAAGAAUUAUCUAGAUGUUGAAUCUCAUGAUCACUUUCCUGAGAUUCGUCGUUUAUUGGAGGAAACGAAUAUGACUCCUGCUGAUGUUUCUGAGAAUCUAAUGCCAAAGUCUUCAAAGGAAAAUGUAGAACCUUGCUUGGAGAGAAUGAUUAAAGUUCUUGAAAUUGCUAAGGAGGAAGCAAGGUUGAAGGCUGAGGAAGAAGAGAGGGAAAAGAUUGAAAAGGAAAGGGAAGAGAAAGAGAAAGAGAAAGAAGCCAAGAAUCCUAAACCAUUGGCUGAUGAAUUCAAAGAAAAUGGCAAAUUAGAGAGUAAUGGUGUCAAGGAAGAUGGGGAUGCCAGUAAAGUUUGAUUGGAGAACGUUUCAUUAAUUAAGCAUCCACAUAACUAGACUAGCUACUUUAAAUAUUGAGCCAAGGGUCCAUCGGAAAGUCUUUCUACCUCCACAAGGUAAGUGUAACGUCUAUGUACACACUACCCUCCCUAGACUUCAUCCAUUAGAGUUGUCGUAUAAUUAGACUAGCUAGGACCCAAUAAUGUUGAAUAUUGUUUUGUUGAGAUCAUGUUGUUGACUUCGUUAUUGAACUUAUACAUGGAAGGCAGUUGCAAAACCUGACUUAGCGACUUACUAGUAGUACCUACAUUUUGUAAUUUUGUGAUAUCAAUUUUCCCUACAUCAUU